AACGAUCGCCCUCCCUCGCUCCCAGCCCAAUCACGUGGUUCAAAUGUCCCACACCAAUGCCACUGAUAUAAAAUGUAGGCAGCGGUAUCUGUUCCAGCUUCAGCGACUGUAGGACUCUCACAGCCAUGCCACCUGAGACAUAGAGGGGGAAGGAGAGAGUGGUGCGCCUGCGUUGGUUGCAAGUGGGAAGGGGUACCGGGUCGCAUGACAGGCAACCAAUAAUGUUCCCUGCACACAGAAACAGAAACGUAUGAAAGAGGCGCGGGUGUUGCGCUCGAUCAGUUUAUGGACCUGUUCACGUCGACGUCUGAGAGAAAUGACAGCAAUCAGUGCAUCCAUCAAUUGAGGUGGGUGUGUGUGAAACAGUCACGCACACACACGCACGGCUCUUUCUCCGCACCGGUGUUUGGGUGUGUCUUUGCAUCCAUUCAAGGACGUCGCACGAGCGGAACGAUGUCCUCCAUCCCCUCAGCCUUCACAAAUACACGACGCAUGAUCAAUGUGCCAGUCCAUGUGCCAUCUCCCUCUCCCUCCCUCUCUCUCUGCUUGUACCUUCCGCAGGGGCGGCCCUCGUCGCAUGCAGCCGGCGAGCUGGGAGGAGGGCAGCCCUCGUCGCUCCUCAUUGUCGCCAUGCGUUCCGUCGGCACCCACAAACGGCUCGAAGUCGACACCGCCGUCAUCGUCACUGUCCUCGAAGAAAUCUCCUCCUUGCUCCUCCCCAAUGAGAGUGAACCCCUCGAUUUGCCCCUGAUGGCCCUCGUGGGCAACGAGGGCCAUCUCGCUGCCCACGCCGGGCUCUCUCUGCUUGUGGCUGGGAAGGUGCAUGUGCCGGUGCAGGUGCCAGUGGUCGUUCAGCUUGACGAUCUCUGCCGCGUCGCCAACGACGGGCUUGCACUCGGGCGGGAUGAGGGGGGUGUACUCCAUGCUGCCGACGUCAGGAGGGCCAUGCUCGAUGCCCCACACAGUGGUCAUCUCCUGUGGGCCUUUCAGAGCGUACCUGACCAGACAAAUCAGACAAGGAGCUUCAUUGGUCACGAGUGGCUGGUGUCUCCCGCGCCUCACCCUGGCGCAGACCUGCCCCACAAUACUUGGCCUGCACACAUGCAGCACAUCCAUCCACUCAGUCACCUCCACACCCACACCCACACCCACACACCCACGCACCUUGUUAAGAUGCUGGUCGAGCUUGAGGAAAUCCCGGUGCUUGCCAUCCCAGGUCUCCCUGAGGUACUGCAGCGCAGAUGACGCCAGCUCCCUGGGAAACAGCCACCCAUGCUCCCAGCGCAUAUCAGUUGUCGACCCCUUGGUCAUCCCGUGCAGACCCGCCGCACAAUACUUGGACUGCACACAUGCAGCACAUCCAUCCACCCAGUCACCCCCACACCCACACCCACACCCACACACCUUGUUGCGGUCGGGCUUGAGGACGUCCCGGUGUUUGCCCAGCCAGGUCCAGAGGUACUGCAGCUGCUUGGGAAACAGCCAUCCAUCCUCCCAGCGCAUCUCUUCUGUCGACGCUUCGCCCCAGAACAAGCCUCCCUCACGGCUAAAGGGGUUCAACGAAAAGGCCUUCAGGACCUACUCGGUAAGCCACCCCAGACAGCCAGGCCACCACCACACAUCCAUUGCGCGUGCUUGUGUCCGUGCCUGUGCGGUGGUGUGCUGAGAACCUCUUGUUCAUCUCAACCAUCCACUCAGGUCGGAUGAGCGCAGAACUGCGCCGCCAACACACAGACACACACAGACAGCUCCGACGCCGUCACUUGGCUCUGCGUCGCUGUCUAUCUGUGUGUGCUGGCGUGUGUGUGCGUGUGUGGCUGACUGACCUCUGCAGCCGAACGGCCCUCAAGCCGAUGUCCAUGAUGGAUGUGGUCCUGUUGCCGUACUCGUCGAGCAGAGACGUCGUUGCACAGCGGAACCGGGGCAGCUGACCAAUCACACACACACACACACGGACGCCAUGCACACAGGCAUCACAUCUUUGCGUGGCUCAUUCACUCACCGUGUAGGUCUGAAUCAUGUCAUUGACCGCAUACCGAUUCACCCUGACCAAUACACACGCACAUACCAACACAUACACAAGAAUGGCCUCGACGGCAUGCGGCGUACAUGUUGGACAUGCUGGCUGUGGUGGGGCUGCCUCUAUGCCUGCGGGGAGGGAUGCGCGGAGGGCCCGCUUCAUCUGCAGGAUACCCACAGUGACGCCGGUUGUCGUCGCCAAGACCCCUCCGAAUAAGCCUUCGCUUCGUCGACCUUUCUCUCACCCUUGUAGGGGUGGUUGGUAACGUGGCACAUAAUGGUGGCCCAACGAUUAAGUUUUGUGUCUGACCGCAGUCUGCAGGGGAGGCGCGCGUCUCGACGACGACGACGGAAAUGUUAUUGACGAGUCCGCAGAUAUAAAAUAAAGGCAGCGAUGCCUGACACGCACAGAGACACAGAGACACAUGGAGACAUGUGCGUGUAUCGGCCGUGGGAGGAGAAU